AUUUGAAAUUCAAAUUUCUCUAAACAUCCGGAGUCACUUCUUGCCUACAUUCAAACAUGCAACGUGAAAUUGACGAAAGCUAAAAAAAACAACUGGAAAAAAGACAACUUUUGCUGGCCAUUAGCAAACCUCGGUAGAAUGGCUGAAGAGGUGACACAGCUCGAAGGCAACUCAGAACAGUCCUCCCUUAUAACAGCUAGUGACGAUGAUGGCUCAUCAUCUGGGAAAAAGUCGUGGGAACUCCAGCCCGUAUCCGAGUACAGUACGAUGGACCUCGAUAGAAGCAUGUUUAUGUCUAACACGACUACGAGCUUCACUUCCUUGAUGCACCUGAUCAAAGGCUGUGUUGGUAUCGGGGUCUAUGGCAUGCCCCUUGCCGUGGCUUACGCGGGCUUGCUGAUGGGACCGGCGAUACUUCUUCUCGUGGGGAUCGUGUCAGUUCACUGUAUGCAUCUUCUUAAGCGGUGUGCGCACCUACAUAGCGAAAAGACUGGCUCGAUCUGUAUGGAUUACGCGCAGCUGGCUGCGAAGUGCACAGAAGUAUAUUUCCCCAACAAAGGCAACGUUUCCAGGGUAGUUGUGAAUGCCUUUCUCGUGUUCACGCAACUCGGGUUCUGCUGUGCCUAUGUGGUAUUCAUCACGGACUCUAUAAAACAGGCUGCCGAUGGUUCCGUGGACCUCGAUGUUCGCAUCUGGAUGGUGAUCGUUUUCCCGUUCUUGGUUCUCUUCUCCUUCAUCCGCACACUCAAAUUCUUGGUCAUUGUUUCUGGCAUCUCGAACGUCAUUACCAUAUUUGGAAUCGUGGGUGCACUUAACUAUGCCAGCACCACGCUACAUGAUACUAAAAGCUUACCGCUGUUCGCAAACUGGUCAACGCUGCCAUUGACGUUUGCGCUCUCGGUGUAUGCUUAUGAAGGGAUAGGCGUGGUCCUUCCCGUGGAGAACAUGAUGAGAACGCCACGUGACUUCACCUGGGUGUUGAACCUCGCCAUGAGCGUCGUGGUCAUACUGUACCUUGUCGUAGGCACGAUGGGAUACAUCUCGUGUGCCGCGAUGUGCAAAGGGAGCUUCACGCUCAACUUACCCGACACUCCUUUUUAUACGACUCUGAAGUUAUUGAUCGCCGGCUCGAUGUUCCUGACGUAUUUUCUUCAGUUUUACGUACCUGUCGAGAUCCUUUUGCCAUCUGUCUUAAAGCGCGUUUCCAAGAAGUAUCAAACGGUCGCCGACCUUGGCUUUCGCACAUCCUUAGUCCUUGUCACAGUUGUUCUCGCCGCCUGUGUUCCGCGUUUGGAAGACGUGAUUGCUGUCAUUGGCUCUCUCGCGAGUACAACACUAUGUAUGACUUUCCCCGCCGCGAUGGACAUAGCGAGUCUGCGCAUGUCUUCAAAGCUCACGUGGUACCUAUUGCUCAAAGACAUUGUCAUCAUUCUUAUCGGCAUUACAGGGUCCGUGACUGGUCUCUACAUGUCCAUGGCCAAACUUAUACGAUUCUGGUCUCAUGGUGCCAAAGUGGAUUUGUAAUUAGAAAUGGGUUCAAUUUUCGUCCUGAGAACGCAGGAGUCUGGGAUGUAGCUAGUUAUUUUGAAAGAGGGAUAGAAAGGAAAGUAGCGAUGGAGUGGUAAUGCUAGGAUAAGUAUGUAGUGCAUCUUACUCGAGAAUUCGAUGAGCUAUUAUAUCCCCUCUUUUUCAUUUGUUAUGGUUCGUUCUGUUGAUCAGGGCGAGAAGGAAGGGAAGGAGAGAUAUCAUUGUACAUAAAGGUGCUACUUAAUUAAAAUAUCUCGAAUGAUUCCAAGAAACAUAAAUGCAGCAUUCAUUACUUUCUGUGGGAAAUGUCAAAGAAGCGGAUAGUAUAAUAAAAGCAAUGGACGCCCGCGAAAGACAAAGUCACAGAGAAUAGCCCGAAACAAACAAAAACACGGAGAGUAGGGCACAACAGAGAAAGCCACGGAAAGUAGCGCGCAAUAGACAAAGACACCGAGAGUAGCGCGCAACAGACAAAGCCACGGAGAGUGGCGCGCAGCAGACAAAGACACAGAAAGUAGCGCGCAAUAGACAAAGCCACGGAAAGUAGCGCGCAACAGACAAAGCCACCGAGAGCAGCGCGCAACAGACAAAGCCACGGAAAGUAGCGCGCAGCAGACAAAGACACAGAAAGUAGCGCGCAACAGACAAAGCCACGGAAAGUAGCGCGCAGCAGACAAAGACAUAGAAAGUAGCGAGCAACAGACAAAGCCACGGAAAGUAGCGCGCAACAGACAAAGCCACCGAGAGUAGCGCGCAAUAGACAAAGCCACCGAGAGCAGCGCGCAACAGACAAAGCCACCGAGAGUGGCGCGCAACAGACAAAGCCACCAAGAGUAGCGCGCAACCGACAAAGCCACGGAGAGUAGCGCGCAACAGACAAAGCCACGGAAAGUAGCGCGCAACAGACAAAGCCACGGAAAGUAGCGAGCAACAGACAAAGCCACCGAAAGUAGCGCGCAACAGACAAAGCCACCGAGAGCAGCGAGCAACAGACAAAGCCACCGAGAGUAGCGCGCAACAGACAAAGCCACCGAGAGUAGCGCGCAACAGACAAAGCCACCGAGAGUAGCGCGCAACAGACAAAGCCACCGAGAGUAGCGCGCAACAGACAAAGCCACCGAGAGUAGCGCGCAACAGACAAAGCCACCGAGAGUAGCGCGCAACAGAGACGGCACUUCUGAAAGUCAAGAGCGACAUCUCCUAAAUAUGAACAAGCAGCAUGUCACUCUGCUCGUUCUACUUGACUUGAGUGAAGCCACAGGGAGUGGCGUGCAUCAGACAAAGCCACGGACAGUGACGCGAAAAAGACAAACAGCGGACAGAGUAGCGCGCAACAGAUAGGAACUGCAUUGCAUUUUAUUUUAGUAAGCAAACGAAAGAUACACCAAUAAGGGCCGGAAUGUUCACAAUAGCUCCACUAACUCAUCCAGUACCCCCUGCUUACAAUAUAAAACAAUUACUAGUUCUAGUAUGAGCGAGAUCAGUUAAAAUUCCAUCAUUGGUUAGUGUUCCCAACGAAAGACAGUAUUCACCCAAAGUUAUUCACCCAAGUUAUUUUGAAAGAGGGAUAGAAAGGAAAGUAGCGAUGGAGUGGUAAUGCUAGGAUAAGUAUGUAGUGCAUCUUACUCGAGAAUUCGAUGAGCUAUUAUAUCCCCUCUUUUUCAUUUGUUAUGGUUCGUUCUGUUGAUCAGGGCGAGAAGGAAGGGAAGGAGAGAUAUCAUUGUACAUAAAGGUGCUACUUAAUUAAAAUAUCUCGAAUGAUUCCAAGAAACA